UAUAGCAACUUUUUCAUAAUAGCCAAAAUUUGGAAACACCUCAAAUGUUUGUCAACUGGUGGAUGGAUAAGCAAAUUCAAAUAUAUCUUUAAAAUGGAAUAACAAAUAAUGAAGAGGAACAAAUUACUGAUAACAUGUGACAACAUAGAUGAAUCACAGAACCGUCAUGAUCCCAUUGAAGAGGAAGAUGCAAAUCUGCUAUUUGGUUCAGUACAAGAAGUACUGAAAGCUUCAGUUAUGGCUGAUGCAGAUAUUCUUUCGGAGACAUUUCAACUUCUGAUAGACUCUGCCAAGGACUUCAGUAAAAGACUGUGGGGCUUAGUGCCAUUUGGCUUGUAUCUUCCAGCUCCUCCAUUGUACUGUCCCCAGCCAGCUAUUCUUAGUGAAGAAGAUGGUGAUGAUCUUCUUUUAAAAGCUGAAAAAAAUAAUCGCCAGAAGGUAUCUGGAAUCCUUCAGCGUGUUCUCCUGCUUUUCCGGGCGGCUCGAUGUUCUUUUCCUGUGGCACAGUGGUAUAUCUUGCAGUUGAGGUGGGCAAGAAAAGUCAUGCAGAAGAUUCGAAUGAAAGGAUCCCUUCCUUCACUGAGUCCUUUUCCUCAGUCAUUACUUAAUUACUGUAAAGGAGGUAUCGUAUUCUUUAGACCUGGAGCAGCUGGAGACCAUAAACUUGAUGAAGUUUCCAUUAGAGCAAUAGGUUGCUUCAGGGAACUUUGUGCUCUGUGUUGGAUGCUGCAUGUCCGUGAUAAGUUAUCCCUUAGUUGCAGGCAAUAUCAGAAAGCAAGAGAAAAUGUAAAGGGAGAAAAGGACCUUGAAGUAGAGUUUGAUUCUUGUAUGAUUGAGCACUGUCUUAGUGCAGUGGAAUGGGCUUAUAGAAUGCUGCCUUUCUCUCGGUUCUUUAAUAUGGAAGAACUUAUUCAGGAUAUAAUUUUGAGCCUUAUUGGAGAACUGCCACCAAUGAGAAAGGUAGCAGAAAUUUUCGUGAAAGCAUUUCCCUAUCCUGAGGAUGUGAGGGUUCCUUUAAGAGACAAAUAUCACUCUCUUCACCAGAGACUCAGACACUGUGUUGUGAAAGGUCCCCAAACUGAGGAAAUGAUGUCUGUUGUCAUGCAUUCUAUCCAGAAAGUGAGGGUGAAAGCUCUAAAACGUGUACAGAGAAAUAUAGGCUCUUUUGAAUUGAAUAUAUGGGAACCAAUUGAAGAAGAGAAACCAGAUGAGGCUGCAGGUUUUGACAGAUUUUCCCUGGGGACUAGUUUGAGCAGAAGUACACUCACAGAACUUGGGAAUUCUAUGGUUCACAGUGAUGCAGAUACGGCAGAUACAUUCUCUGAAGCUUUGUCGGUUGAAGAAAAAAGUAGGAUAAAUAUCUAUCAAAGAAAUGCCCCAAAUCACAUGGAAUUAACAUCGAUUGGUAAGCUCACUGAUAAAAAGAAAAUGUGUAAUCAGAAGGAAAAUCCUACAAAGAAAGAAGAUCAUGAAAAGUUAUCACAAAAUACACUUCCUGUAAUAGGUGUUUGGGAAUUUGAACGUGACGAUGAUGAAUAUAUUAAAUUCCUUGAUCUCUUUUUGAGUUACAUUCUUGAAAGAGACCUACCUUAUUCCAGGGAUGCUGGAAUUCCAUUUCUAACCAGUUUUUCUGGAACGCUUAGAGAACAUGAACUUAAUUCUUUACUUUUUGAUGUACAUACAACAUUAAAACGACGUCAGAGCAAAACUAAAAGCCAGAAUGUGUUUAGAGCUGGUUCUUGCUUUGUUGUUGCUCCUGAGUCCUAUGAAUCAGAAAAAUCAUCCUCUUUAAAUGAUGAAUAUGGCAUGCAUUUAGAAAACCAGGAACUUUCAUCAUCGGUACUGGUUAAUCAAGGGAUCAAACCUUUUUUAGAAUAUCCUUUGAAUGCAGUCAAUAAGAAUGAACAAAUGAGUGGAUUAUUUGGUUUAAAGCAAAAGUCAAUUUACAAAAUACAAGAUGACACUAGAGAAAAAUGUCUAAUCCAGAGAUCAUCAAGCAACAUUUUUUGGACUCCCAAGUCCAUUAAAACUAGAAGUUGUAUUUUCAAAGCUAUUCAGUGCAAUGAUAUUAACCCUCAAGAAGAUCUUCCUUUAGCACUAAACACAUUUGGCAGUAUAGGAAGACUGCUGGAAUGGAUGAUAAGGUGGUCUAAUAGAAGACUACUCUGUGAUUCUGGUAUAACUGAGUCGUCCUCUGAGUACAGUCCAGUAAUUCGUGUAAAGACCUCUACAGCUGCCAUUCUUACAUCAUUAUGGCUUUUGGAACAACCCUAUUUUGCUACAUAUAAGGCAAAAAAUGCCACUAUUCAGAUGGUAGAGAAUCGUGACACUCGGUGUCAGGUUGGACCCAGUAUUGAGAGGGAGAGCAAAUCAGAUGCUGGCGGUUCAGUUGCAGUAGCAGCUCCAGGUGGAACAGAGGAAAGAAAUGGUCAGAAUAAAUCUUGUCAAAAUAUCUUGAAAAUGCCAACUGAAGCAAAAAAUCCUGAUAUAAAAGAAAUCAAUGUUGAGAUUAUUUCCGUCAUUCAUAAUACUAAAAAAGAAUUUAUAGAUAUUGAUGAGAAUCUUUUAGAAGUACAAGCAUUUACAAAAGAGGAAAUGGAUAUGCACAUAUCAGACUAUGAAGAAGACAUUAAAGAAUCUGUUGGAGGUUUCAGAAGUCCCAAUCUUGGCAUUUGCAUGAUGACUUUACCACAGCAGUUAGAAGAAGAGUUCACAGAAGAGGUUCAGUGUCAAAGGGAAGAACCACUGGAGACAAAUACGGAGGAAAAAUCGACUGAACAGAAAGGUAUGAUCGAAGCCUUUUCACAUCCUGAGCAUACCACACCUCAAUCAACGCAAGUAGAUACAAGUUCGGACAUUUUUAGUGCACAGAUUUCUACAUAUAAAGACAAAUCUUCCUCAGUUCCACCUCUGAUAUCAUCAAAUGGAGUCAGUGUUGCUUCACAACCACCUGUUCCAACACCUCAGAAGACCCAGAGAAAUGAAUGCAGGGCUCAGUUACCAGAUUGUUCAGAGUCCGUUAGGCAGAUGCUCCAAGAUGAAAUGUUUAAAUUAGUUCAGCUGCAACAGAUCAACUUCAUGAGCCUAAUGCAAAUAGUAGGGUCAUCCUUUGCUAAUCUCCCAGAUAUACAACAACUUGUACAGCAGUCUCAGUCUGUGCAUUUAGGGGGAAGCCAAGAAUCAAAUCUAAGAGGAUGUGGUGAUGUUGAAGACAGCAACAAAAAUCUUAAGGAGAGAUUUUUUGUUAAGCCACAGUCAAUGGGAGAGAACACCAGAGAGCCUCGCAAGAACAGCCCACACUGCCAUGAAAGAACUAUCCCAUCUGGUCAAAAUAGUACUGGAAAUGUACAGAAUGUUCUACAUGGGAGCAUUCCUUUAUGUCAAUUAAAUGGCCAGCCCCAGAAAAGAGGACCAAUUCCAUCAUCUCAAAACUUACCAUCCACUUCGUUUUAUCCAGCUCCUGCUGGAAAUACUCACCUCUGCCUUUUGUCCACACCUUCUGUUGUUCAGAAGGCACCUAGACUGAUCCCACAUGCAAAAACAUUUAGUCUUGGUGAUGGCUUUCCUUUGCUUCAGUUUAAGCCUAAACAAGAAUUCAAGCCCCUUUUCUUACAUGCAGGAAGUAUUCCACAAGUUCCCUUCAGGCCUCUGCCACAACCAAGAGAGGCUUGGGGAUUAUCUGACUCCUUCCAACCUGCUCUGCCACAGAGAGUAGCACAAACUCCUCCAGCAUCCCAUUUGAAUGUAAGCCAGUAUAAUACUGAAGCCAAAAAAAAAGAAGUUAAGCAGAAGACAUGGGCAGAAACUGUAAUUACAGAAAUUCCUAAGCAUGUAAACUUGGAUCAAUAUGUUGGACAAGAAAAUCUGACACCUCCACAGGACUCUUCAGUGUUUAUAAAACCAGAGAAACUAUUUGAUGUUAAGCCAGGGCCCCUUGAGAUAUCUCCUCACCAUUCCUUUGGACUUCCGUUACUAUACUUGCCAUUUAAACCUCCUAAUAUGUUUCCAUCAACCUCAAGAGCAUCUAUUACAGUUCCCUCAACACCUAUCCAACCUAUAGCAGAAGAAAGAAAAUACCCAAGAUUGUCAUUACUUCAUCCACAUUUGUCCCCAGAAAAUAUGUGCAAAAAAACACAACUUAUCCCACUUGAAAACCUCAUUGCGUUUAAACAAAGCCAACAGAAACUAACACAUAAUUUAUUUGAACAAGGUGAUGCUGGACACCUUCAACUUCUAAAGGUCAAAAUAGAACCACCUGAAGUAAGACAAGGAAAGGACAGUAAAAAAAGGCAAAGGAGAAGAGCUGAGAAAGAGCUGCAAGAAAAAAAAUCUGAGAAAUUGAGAAAACCAAAUGUGACUUUUCGACCAGAGAAUUCCAUAAUUAAUAACGAUAAUUCAGAAAUCAUUAAGAAACCCAAGGAACAAGAAGAACAUUGUGGUUCCCAUUCUUUGGAUGACUUCGACAUUCCUUUUGAAAUGCUACAAGAUGAUAAUACUUCAGCUGGAUUGCAUUUCAUGGCCUCUGUGAAAAAGAAAGCUAUAGGAAGUCAAGAUGCAAGUACAAAUACAGUCCCAGAACAUGAGCCUUUGAAUGCUCCUCAGCUCUUGGUCCCAGAUGUAUAUCUAAAUCUGAAGCUUUCCACUGAAAUGUCAGAGAAACCUUUGUCACCCUCAGCACCUCAUACAGUAGCAAACUUGGUUGGACAUACUUAUAUAAAUGUGAUUGACAUUGAAGCUGAUGAUCUACAGGAAUUACCUGUGAGAGAAGAGCCUUCAAAUGAUAAUGUUAUCAAACAGCAAAGCGAUCAUCCAGCAGUUCCAUCGUCUGCAGAGUUACAUUAUAUGGCAGCUUCAGUUACUAAUGCUGUUCCCCCGCAUAAUUUUAAGAGUCAAGAAGUAGCUCCAGCUUGUCUGGAUGGAAAAAGCUUGAGAGCAGGCAUUACAGAAGUGAAGGAGCCUAGUGUCACUUCACCUACACCAUCAGACAUACAGCAGAACGAAGAUCUGCCAAAACCAGAGUUCCGAUUCAAAGGACAGAGCACGAAGUCAGACUCUGCGGAAGAUUAUCUGUUGUGGAAACGGCUGCAAGGUGUCUCUGCAGCUUGCCCUGCACCAAGCUUUGCAGCUCACCGACUAGAGCAUCUUACUGCUAAGCUUCAGAAAAUUGACAAGCAGUUGCUAGCAAUACAGAACAUUGCUGAAAACAUAGAGCAGGAUUUCCCCAAACCUGAAAUGCUACAUCUACAUUGUGAUAAGAUUGGACCAGUGGAUCACAUUGAAUUCUCUUCUGGCCCUGAAUUCAGAAAAACAUUAGCCUCAAAAACCAUUAGCAUUUCUGAAGAAGUGCGUUUUUUGACACAUAUGGAUGAAGAAGAUCAAAGUGACAAAAAGGAGACUUCAGAAACUGAAUUUUCAAUAACAGAAAAUUAUUCUGGUCAGAAAACCCAUGUGUUUCCUACUGCCGAUUCAGCUGUCAGCCUUUCCAGUGAUCAGAAUACUACUUCUCCUGGUAUGAAUAGCAAUGAUGAAUUAUUUGAGAGUGCUUCAGUAGAUCCACUCCAGAUGACUGGAUUGACUGAUAUUGCAGACAUUAUUGAUGACCUUAUAACUAAAGACGGAGUUUCCAGUGAAGAGCUGGGCUUAACAGAACAAGCUAAGCGCACCUCCAGAAUUCAGCAUUCUUCUGGCAGACAUUCACAAAGAACUGACAAGGAAAGAAGAGAGAUUCAAGCCUGGAUGAAAAGAAAACGAAAAGAAAGAAUGGCAAAGUACUUAAAUGAGCUGGCAGAAAAGAGAGGGCAAGAACAUGAUCCUUUCUGUCCCAGAAGCAAUCCACUUUACAUGACUUCAAGGGAAAUAAGGCUGAGACAAAAGAUGAAGCAUGAAAAAGACAGAUUGCUGCUCUCUGAACACUACAGUCGUCGAAUCUCACAAGCAUACGGUCUGAUGAAUGAACUAUUAUCUGAGUCAGUACAGCUACCAGCUGUACCACAGAAACCAUUGCCUAACAAACCCAGCCCUACUCACUCUUCCAGAUAUCAACACUGCCCUUCUCCAAGAGGAGAGAAUCAACACGGUUACAGUUUUCUAAUAAAUCGACCUGGAAAAGUCAAAUAUAUGUCCAAACCAAGUUACAUCCAUAAGAGAAAGUCUUUUGGGCAACCUCAAGGCUCACCUUGGCCACGUGGAACUGCCACUUUCACCAUACAGAAAAAAGCUGGUGGAGCCAAAGCAUCAGUAAGAAAGGCUAUGCAGUCUCCAGUUACCUUCCGAAAAGGCUCUAAUGCUCCGUGUCGUAGUCAGCAGCAUACAAAAAAACAUGGAAAUGCUGGACUUGCACCUCAGACCAAGCAGGUGUGUGUGGAGUAUGAGAGAGAGGAGACUGUGGUGAGUCCCUGGACGAUACCUUCAGAAAUCCGUAAGAUUCUUCAUGACAGCCACAAUUCCCUUCUACAAGACUUGUCUCCAACUGAAGAGGAAGAGCCAGAGCAUUCUUUUGGGGUGGGCGGCAUGGACAGCGUGUCUGAGAGCACUGGCAGCAUCCUCAGCAAGCUGGACUGGAAUGCCAUCGAAGACAUGGUGGCCAGCGUGGAGGACCAGGGCCUGUCUGUCCACUGGGCCCUGGACCUGUAAGACCUGGAUAUCAUUCUGUUUCCAUACACAGGCCAGCACCUCAGUAAUGUGGUUCUGAAAGAUUAACAGGUUUAAGGGACAGAAGCAAUGAAAGAAGCAAUGUGAAUUUUCCAUCUGCUAUCAUAUUGUUAACUGGAUUAGCCAUUUCAAGAGGAAAAAUAAACAUUUCUCAAUAACUUUGCCUUCAUGGGGAAAAGGUUGACUAUUGAUGUAUUAUAUGUUUUUGUAUUUGAUGCAUCAUUAAGCAUAAUUUUUAAAAUGAUAAGUACCUUUCAAGCCAAGUUUGCAUAACCUACUUUCAAUAAAACAUUCUAUCUUGCCUCCUCCUUUAUUACCCUCUGAGUUUUGAGAAACAACCAUAUAUAGAUUAAUCUAAUAGGGAAAAAAAUUCUUUUCUUUGAGAAGAAAAUCACAGUCUCACCUGAGAACUCAAUUAUGAACCCUAUUUUAAAACACCUAUGCAGGGUUUAGCCUAGGAGUGAAAAGAAAAACCAACUACACUUUACCAACCAUGAAUUUCUAAAUAAGCCAAGUUUCAUGGAGGCCAGGAGAUCUUCUGUCUUCUGCCUUGCAGCCUGAAGCCUUGGAGGAAGAAACAGGCGUGGAUGCUUUGGGCAGGAAAGUAGGGGAAUAUGACUCCAUGCUCUAGAAGGCUUAUCUUAAAUUUGUAAUAACCAUGGUACAGAGACCUGGUUAGUUUUUGGUAUUGAGCUCCAACUGUGUUAUAGUUUUAAGAGAUAAUUUUUAUGAGAAUUGACUUAGAACCAGGAUCCUUCAACUACUUCAUCAAUGUUUGGUAUAAUAUCAAAGCACACUAUUAUCUGAAAAAGCAAUUAAAUACCCUUUUUUUCCAAAUAUCUACCUGUGUGAAGCCAGAUUUUACAACAUAUGCAGCAAGUUGAAUGCAGAAGCAGGUAUGGUAAUUCAGCUGCCUUCUAUUAAUUUGUUGAACUAUAAAACAGUGCCACUCUCCUUACUAAAUUGUUUUAGAAAAUAACUUUAUAUGCUAACAUUAUUUUUAAUUGUCAUUUAAUUGUCAUUGUCAUUUAAAAUAUUUUACAAUGUUUUCUGUUUCUUUUUUGUGUAUUCUAUGGGUAUUGAUACAUGAUAGUUGUACAUUUUUAAUGGGGUGCAUGUGAUAUUUUAAUACAUGCAUACAAUGUUUAGCAAUGAAAUCAGGGUAAUUGGGAUAUUCAUCACCUCAAACAUUUAUCAUUAUUUGUGUUAGAAACAUUCCAAACCUUUUCUUCUAGCUAUUUAUCCAUUGUUGGAUACUUACAUCCAUUUUAUAUCUUAGCUGUUGUGAAUAGAGCUGCAAUAAAUGUGGGAGUGCAGAUA